CUCUUCGUCUUCGACUGCAUCAUCGUCGUGGUCAACAAUCGUUUCACUGCCACUGACGUCGCUCUCCUUUCCAAUGCUAGGCGCUUUGGUAUUACAGCUUUCAUCGUCCGUUCUAAAGCGGAUCAACACAUCAGAAACCUUAUGAAAGAUAUUGGCUAUAACAGUGACGAUGAAGGCGGAAACAAGGCUAGUGACUUCGCGCGGGCGCGCGACCAAUAUGUGGCAGAAACCACCCGUAGCAUCAAGACUAACCUCCAAGAGGCGAAGCUACCCGAUCAACCGGUCUAUCUCGUA